AUGCCGCCCACCGUCAGAGCCCAGUUCCCGGGGUUGGCUCAGGAUCAAAUCUUCCUUGACAAUGCGGCCGGUUCGCAAGUUGUUGCAAGCUGCAUCGAGUCCAUGAGCCACUACAUGGCCGACAAAAAUGUCCAGCUGGGAUUCGACUAUCCGCUCUCGCAGCAGGCAACCUCACGUUUCGACACUGCGUUCGAGACCACUGCAAAAUACAUGAAUGCAUCCACCGAUGAGAUCGUCUUUGGGUAUUCGACAGCACAGAUCGUUCGUGCUGUCAGCAUCGCGCUCAAGUUCCAGCCCGGAGACGAGAUAGUUCUGAGCAAGCUUGAUCAUGAGUCUCACCUCGCGCCGUGGGUGCAGGUCGCCCAGUGGAAAGGCCUCAAGAUCAAGUGGUGGGUGCCCUCGCGAGACACCACUACCAACCCGAAGCUUGAGGCAGAUGACCUAAAGGCGCAAGGACUUAUCAACAACCGUACAAGGAUUGUGUGCUUUACGCACACGAGCAAUGUUCUCGGGUCCAUCACAGAUGUUGCUGCAGUGACUCGCGCUAUCAAAUCUAUCAAUCCGGACACCUUGGUUAGCGUCGACGGGGUCGCUUACGCCCCCCAUGCUCCUAUCGAUGUCCAAGCUUUCGGAGUCGACUUUUACUACUUCAGCUGGUACAAAGUCUACGGGCCCCAUAUUGCGACAGGGUUUGUCAAUGCGUCGGCUUUCAAAAACCUUGAGCCCUUGGGACAUUUCUUCCUUCCUAAGACGAGCGCCCAGUACAUUCUGGGUCUCACGAGUGGCAGUUAUGAAGCCAUCCAGAGUGUCUCCUCUGUGGUCAAGUACAUCCACAGCGUUAACUGGACCUGGAUUGAGAAGCAAGAGACUAUAUUGCAGGAAGAACUCUUGCGUUUCAUCCGAUCUCGGGCAGACAUUCAGCUGUACGGCGACCCAACUUCCGAUCGGAGUGUCAGAGUCCCCGUCAUUAGCUUCAGGGUUUCUGGUCGCUCCUCUGUGGAGGUGACGCGUGAGCUCUGGGAAAAGUCAAAGUGCAGACCAACUGCGGACAACUACUGGGCUAGGAGGUUGCUUGAAGAUGUGCUCCACGUGGACGCGGAAGAUGGAGUCAUUCGUUGUUCCUUUGUGCAUUACAAUACCGUUGAAGAGAUUCAAAGCUUGGUGCGUGCCCUGGAGCUAAUCCUGGACGCCAAGAAAUAG